AUGCCGGCCCUGGACGAAGGCGACAUCCCAACGACGACAAAGUGGGAGAUUUGGACGUGGUAUGCCUAUUACAUUGGCGCCAAUGGUCUGUCGCUUUUCAACUUUGGCCCUACGGCCUUUCAGAACCUGCUGAGCCAGGCUGCCCCAGAAGAUGGCCUUCUCUUAUUUGCCGGCCGGUACCGCGAUGUGAACAGCAUCGUUUUGCUGGCCAACGGCAUCUCCUUUGCCUUACAGGCCGCCCUCUUUCUCAUCAUUGGUGCCUACGCCGACUUUGGGACGGGGCGUCGUUGGAUCCUCAUUGUCUGGUCCCUCGUUGCCUAUGGCAUUGGCUUUGGCUGGCUGGGCGUCCAUGAUCCCGCACAGUGGAAGAUUGGCACGGCGCUCUACAUUGUCGGCCUGAUUGCUUACCAGCUGACUUUGACAUACUGGACCGCCGCCUUUCCGACUCUAGCUCGCAACACCACGAAGCUCAAGGACUCCCGAUUGGCAUACGAGGCGGGGGAUAUUACCCUGACGGAGCUGGACCACCGCGACGAGAUGGAACGGAGCCGGCUGAGCAACGUCUCCUUUUACAUCCAGUCUGUGGGAGAAGUGGUGAUUCUGGCCAUCAUCGUCGGCAUCAUGUUUGCCCUCAAGGUGGACGAGAGCGCCGCAAACAACAACUGGGGCCUUUCCGUGCUGGUUGCUUUUGCCACUGCUGUCUGGUUGGCUCUGUCCAUUCCGUGGUUCUUCGUGGAGAAGAGCCGCCCCGGCAUGAAGAUUCCUCCUGGCUACAACAUCAUCACGGUUGGCUUUUGGCAGCUGUACGAGGCCCUGACGCAGAUCCGUCAAUUGAAGCAGAGCUUGAUCUUCCUUGCCGGAUACUUCCUCCUCGGCGACUCGCUCAACACGACAGUGACGGUCAUUUCCACGCUGCAGAACCAAGUCGUCAGCUACAACACGCUGACGCUGACGUACCUCCUCAUCGUCGGCAUAGUCGCGCAGGCCGUCGGCAUUGGCGCCUUUUGGCUGAUCCAGAAGAAGUUCAACCUGAGCGCCAAGACCAUGUUCAACGCCGUCAUGGUGUCCAUCAUCCUGCUCGACGGCUGGGGCAUGAUUGGCAACUGGACCGACAAGUUUGGCUUCCACAACGAGUGGGAGGUCUGGGUGUACCAGGCCUUUUACGGGCUCCUCGUGUGCCCGUGGUACAGCUACUCGCAGAUCAUGAUCAGCUCCGUGACGCCGCGGGGCCACGAGUUCCUCUUCUUCUCCAUCUUCAACAUCAUUGGCAAGUCGUCGAGCUUCAUCGGCCCGCUCAUCAGCAGCGCCAUCAUCGACGCCACGCCCAACCGGAGCAACAACAGCGCGCCCUUUUACUUCUUGUUCGCCCUGACGAUUGUCAGCGCGGUGGGCAUCUGGACGUUUCUCGAUCUGGACAAGAGCGCGCGGGAGCAGGAGGUGUUUUUGGCGCAGGAAAAGGCGCGGAUAUUGGGUGACGAUGCGACGAAUAAGAGCAAAACGACUGAACAGGACCAGGCCGGCGCAUGA